UUUUAUAGCUUAGCUUCAAUUGGAGUUCUGUUCUUUUUCAUAAUUACAUCAAAGUGCUAUUUGAUCACUUAGUCUUCCGAUCCUAUUCCUUUGAUAUCUCUUUUUGCUCACUUCUUUCUCGGGUUCUUGCUGAUUACUUACAGAUGGCUCAGUUGCGAGCUGAAUCAUCUUCUUGUGUCACUUAUAGAUGGACUUAUGAUGUGUUCCUUAGCUUUCGAGGCGAGGAUACUCGCUUGAAUUUCGUCAGCCAUCUCUACGACUCUCUGCAUCGAAGUGGAAUCCAUGCCUUCAUCGAUGAUGAAUCCCUGCAGGCUGGGGAAGAGAUCAAAGCGUCUCUUUUGAAAGCCAUACGAGAAUCCAGAAUAUCGAUAAUAGUUUUUUCUGAGAACUACGCUUCAUCAACGUUCUGUUUGGAUGAACUUGCUGAGAUUGUAGAGUGCUUCAAAGGAGAAGGUCGAUUGGUGUAUCCGGUGUUCUAUUACGUGGAUCCUUCAGAGGUGAGAUAUCAGAGAGGUAGCUAUGGAGAAUCAUUGCUUUAUCUGCAGAAAAGAUUGGAGACGGAGGAGUAUAAGCUACAAAAGUGGAGGUUGGCUUUGUCUCAAGCAGCUAAUUUGUCCGGAUGGCAUCUCAAGCCUGGGAUGGCAAAAGAGCAAGAAUAUAUAAGAAGGAUCACUUGUGAAGUCUCUACAAAGAUCAACCGCACACCAUUACAUGUCACCAAUUAUCCAGUUGGACUUGUGCCUCGGGUCCAACAAGUGAUGUCACUUCUAGAUCUUUGGUCCAAUAAAGAAGUCAACAUGGUUGGAAUUUGUGGCAUUGGUGGAUUAGGUAAAUCAACAAUUGCAAGGGCUGUGUAUAACUCAAUCGCUGAUCAUUUUGAUGGUUUAUGUUUUCUUUCUAAUGUUAGAGAAACCUCUAACAAGCAUGGCUUGUCGUAUCUUCAAGAGAUAUUGCUUUGCAAAUUAGUCAUGGAGAAAGAUCUUAAAUUGGGAGAUUCCUAUGAAGGAAUUUCUGUUAUAGCACAUAGGCUUCGUGGAAGGAAGAUCCUUUUGGUUAUUGAUGAUGUUGACAAAUUAGAGCAAUUACAGGCUCUAGCUGGAAGAUGUGAUUGGUUUGGUUCUGGAAGUAGAAUCAUAAUUACAACUAGAAAUAAGCAUUUGUUAGCAUGUCAUGGGAUUAAAAGAAUUUAUGACGUCAAGGAAUUAAAUGAUGAAGAAGCUCUUCAAGUGUUGAGUUGGAAUGCCCUAAAAAAGGAAAAUGCAGAUUCUAGUUACCUUGAUAUUUCAAAUCAUGUAAUACUUUAUUCAUGUGGCCUUCCAUUGGCCUUGGAAGUAAUUGGCUCCAAUUUAUGUGGCAAAAGGAUUGAUGAAUGGGAAUUUGCAUUUGAUAAAUACCGAAGAAUACCAAACAAACAAGUUUUUGAAGUCUUGAAAUUAAGCUUUGACGCUUUAGAGGAUAGAGAGAAGGAGAUGUUCCUUGACUUGGCAUGCUUUUUCAAAGGUGAAAAAUUAGAUGUCAUAAAAACAUUGCUUAGUUUCCGAGGAGUUCAUCCUGAGUAUAUUAUUGGAGCACUUAUGGAUAAAUCCCUUGUGAAGAUUGAAGAAAAUUGUGUGACUAUGCAUGACAUGAUAGAAGAGAUGGGCAAAGAAAUUGUUAGGCAAAAGUCACCAAAAGAGCCCGGAAAACGAGAUAGAUUGUGGUUCUAUGAUGACAUUCUCCAUGUUUUACAAGAAAACACUGGAUCAGAUGAGAUUGAAGCUAUAAUUCUAGACUUACCUGAAGAUAAAGAAGUUCAAUGGAGUGGAAAGGCAUUUAAGCACAUGAAAAACCUCAAAAUGCUUGUGAUUAAAAAUGCAAGCUUUUCUAGAAGUCCUGAAUGCCUCCCAAACACCUUAAGUGUAUUGGAAUGGAAGGGGUAUCCUUCUAAAUGUUUGCCAUCUAAUUUUCAUCCAAUAAGGCUCAUCCGUCUUGACUUGUCCAAUAGUUCUAUUGAAUUACUCCAACCACUUAAUAAGAAAUUUGAGAGUCUAAGUUGCUUGAAUUUUAGACAUUGCAAGUUGUUAAGACAAAUACCAAAUUUGUCAGGAGUUUCCAAUUUGAUGGAAUUGUGGCUCGAUAAUUGUACAAACUUAACUGAAAUCCACGAUUCAGUUGGAUUUUUGGAUAAGCUUAGAGAAUUUAGUGCCAUGCGAUGCAAAAACUUGAGGAUCUUACCAACUGGUAUUAAUUUGGCAUCUCUUGAACAUCUCAACCUUUAUGGGUGUUUAAGUCUUCGAAGAUUCCCAGAAAUAUUAGAUGAAAUGAGGAAAAUAAGAACAAUUGAUUUGGAUAAAACAGCCAUAGAAGAAUUGCCAUCUUCUAUUUGCAAUCUGAUUGGGCUUGAAAGCUUAAACAUGGAUGAGUGUCAUAACCUUAAACAGCUGCCAGUUGUCAUUUGUAUGAUGCCACACCUGUGGAAAAUAACAGCAAACUUUUGUGAAGAGUUGAGACAUUUUAAGAUGCGUGAAAGUGAAAGAGAAGUACGCUUACAAUGCUCAGCCAUGUCUAUGAAAUUGGAACAUGUUUGCUUCUCAAAUUGCAAUUUAUCAAAUGGUUCUCUUGACUUUUGUCUCUCUUACUUCCCCAAUUUGAUACAGUUAGAUCUAAGUUAUAAUAACUUCACAACCCUUCCUGCAUCCAUCAAAGAAUGUCACUGUUUGAAAUAUCUUUCCUUGGAUAAUUGCAAUAUGCUUCAACAUAUUGAAGGGAUGCCGCAAAAGCUAGAAAAAUUCAGUGCCUUGCAUUGCACAUUGUUGAGUGAGCCGUCAAGAAGCAUGUUAUUGAAUCAGGAAAUUCACCAAUAUCCAGGGAAAAGAAACUUCAUUUUGCCAGGAAAAAAUAUCCCAGAAUGGCUUGACAAAUAUAGUUGUGGAGAUUCACUGUCUUUUUGGGUUCGUAAUGAGUUGCCAAAUAUUUAUAUGUGGAUCCUUGUAAAAGACGACCAAGUUUCUCUGUGUGACUGUAAAUUCUCUGUACGAGUCAAUGACAUUGUACAAGAAAUUUCUUCCGGAUGGUUUUCACUUUCAACAAUGAAGAGAUAUCACAUAUAUCUUAGCGACUUGCAAAGUAUAGUUCGAAAGCUUCAACUCUCCCUCAUGGAUAAAUGGAAUCAUGUCAACAUUUCCAUUGAGAACAGAACACAAGAAGUAAGAAGCAAAAGGGAAGUUUAUUUUGCAGUUCACGUGUACAAGCAAGGAAAUAAUGUUGAGAACAUCGAGUUCAUGAACCCUAAAGCGUGCAUCAAUUAUUAUCCAUGGAAGCUAAUUCAGCAACCAGAAGAUUUGGAACAAUUGAAAGAUGAUGUGAAUCAAGACUCAAAAUCAACUAAUUAUGCAGAAUUAGCUCAUAACAGCACAACUUAUCAAGAUAUUAGCCCAAACUUUUGCGGCAUCUCCAAAUUAAGUGAGAGGAAGGACGGGCGAGAUAGCUUGAUCCGAAGUAAGCAUAAUGCCAUCCUAAGGAAAAUUAGGAGAUGGAAGGAAGAUCACUCCAUGAUUUUGAAGUUAAAAGAUCUAACUAAUAUGGUUGUGGCGGCUAACCAAUUGAUUGAAUCGUUGGAGAAUAUACUACAUUUGAACAUAGAAGAGCAAGGGUACAGUUUUGUGCUGAUGGAUCUCAAAAUUCUAGCAGAUAAGGCACGACUUAAGGAUGAGUUCAAGCAAUUCCUAGCUCAAAAUAGGCAUCCUUUUGAUCAUAAAUCUACCCCCUUCCAGUCCAGUGAAUUAAAGGACACCACUGGUGAAGGUAGUUUCAGCAAAGCAUCAGAAAAGCACAUUUUGGAUUUAGUCCGUCCAGAACUGCUCCAACAUAUUAAAUGUAUUGCAAGCUUAAUGUUUGUGUUAGACUAUAGCCAAGAAUGUUACAAUGCCUACACAAAUGUUCGAAGACACGCCUUAAAUGAGUGUCUCCUUCAUCUUGAAAGGGAAAGAUUAAGCAUUGAAAAUGUUUCAAAAAGGGAAUGGGAUAGUUUGAACUCCAAAAUCAAAGGAUGGAUUUAUCAAGUGAAAAUAUUUGUCAGGUUGUAUAUUACAAGUGAGAAGUGGCUUAGUGAGCAGAUUUUUGGAGACAAUGAGGCCAGUUUGAUUUGUUUUGUUGGUGCAUCAAAGGCUUUAAUAUUUUGGUUUUUAGAAUUUUGUGAAGCUAUAUCUGUUGGCCCUCACAAUCCUGAGAGAAUAUUUCGUUUUCUUGACAUGUACCAAGUUUUGGCAGAUCUUAUACCAGACCUAGAUGCCUUGUAUUCAGGUGAGGUUGGUUCUUCAGUUAGAAUCAAGUGUGAAGUGGUUCUAAACAGAUUGGGCGCUUGUGUGGGGUCAAUAUUUCUUGAAUUUAAAAAUGUUAUUGCAUCAAAUCCAUCUCAAUCUCCUUUCCCAGGUGGUGGGAUUCAUCCCUUAACCUAUUAUGUCAUGAGCUAUAUUAGUUAUCUCUUGGACUACAAUAACACUCUUAAUAUACUGAAUGGUGAAGAGGAAUUAGAGUAUGAUAUUUCACUGUACCACUCAAUGAGCCAUGACACAUCACAAGAUAGUGACAUCCUGGGAUCUUCCUAUAGUAGUGUUUCCUCAGUCACAGUCCAUUUUCGAUCAGUCACUUCAAUCUUGGAAUUGAAGCUUGAGAACAAGUCCAAGUUAUAUAAGGAAGCUGCUUGCCAACACCUAUUCUUAAUGAACAAUAUGCAUUAUAUGGCUCAAAGGGUUCAAGAAUCUCAAUUGAAGCAUAUUUUUGGAGAUGAAUGGAUACGAAAGCACGUCUACAAGUACCAACAACAUGCAUGGAACUACGAGCAAGCUAGUUGGAGCUCGGUUCUCUCUUUGCUUAAGGAUGAGAGAAUUCAAUUAUCUAUGUCGCGCAAUCUUCUCAAGACAAGAUUGCAGAACUUCUACGUUGCCUUUAAAGAUAUUUACAGGAUCCAAACUGCUUGGGUGAUCCCAGAUCAUUUACUGCGCGAGGGCAUGCAAAUCUCUAUAUCCCAAAAGCUAGUUCAUGCUUAUCAGGCAUUCUUAAGGAAGUAUUAUAAUUACAUAGGUGACAAGCACAUUAAAUAUAAUGUUUGUGAUAUUGAAACUUCCAUUUUGGGUUUCUUUGGGGGAUCCCAUAAGUCGUGGCCACAUUCCAAAAGUUUUGCCUGCUGACCCUGCUUCUAUUUGAAUUCUUCUAGGCAUGGUAUACUUCUAAAAAUCAUUCUUAAUUCCAUGUUAAUGCUGGCUUUUUAAUAUGCAACAUAAACUUGGGAAAUAAAACCUUUUUUGGUUUUAAGGUUGUAGACUUGACUUUAUAGGUAUUCUUGAACAAGUGUAAUCCUCUUUGUUGUUGUUUAUUUUGGAUCUUGAUCUCGGUUCAUCUUAAACCCAA